AUGCAUGGCAAUGGGGAUUCCUUCUGGAAGGCACUGUAUCAAUUGCAAAGUGAAAAGUUUGCAUCCACCCAGAAAGGUCUUACCAUUGUACUGGGAUUUGGUUUGUUGUGGAGGGAGUGCAAAAGAGCACAGGACAUAGAAUCAGAUGACCCUGAAGCUGCUAAUCUGGGCUUUUUGCUAGGCUCAGGUCUUGAUAUCCACAAGGGGGAAGAUGUUAUGGGUGCAGUGGGGCUGGUAGUUGCAAGACUGCAGCAGAAUUCUGGUGGCUCAAGCAGAGGGAUUGGUGCACAGGAAACAACUGGGGUCAGUGCAGGGGAUUCCUGUCCCACCCAGGGGGGUGGCAUGAAGGAAUCCUGGAAUACAAGAAAGGAUGUGAGGAAAAGAAAAAGGGGAGGCAGUGGGGAUGUUGAUCAGAAGAUGGCAAAGGAGGGUGAAGAGGCAAGCAAGAAAUCAACUAGAGCUUGUCAACCAACCAAGAGAGCUCUGGGUCUUGGUCUAUAA